AUGGGAAAGAUCACCUUCUACAAGGACCGCUUCCAGGGCCGCUGUUAUAAGUGCACCAGUGACAGCCCCAACCUGCAGACCAACUUUAGCCACUGCAACUCCAUCCGUGUAGACAGCGGCUGCUGGAUGCUUUAUGAGCGCCCCAAUUACCAGGGCCACCAGUACUUUCUGUGGCGCGGGGACAAUCCAGACACACAGCAGUGGAUGGGCCUCAGCGACUCCAUCCGCUCCUGUUGCUCAAUUCCCUAUACCAGCUGUCAUAGGAUAAGGCUAUAUGAGAGAGAUGACUACCGAGGCCUUGUGUCCGAGCCCACGGAAGACUGCUCCUGCAUCCAUGAUCACUUCCAUCUCAAUGAGAUCUACUCCCUCCAUGUGCUGGAGGGCUGCUGGGUCCUCUACGAGAUGCCCAACUACCGGGGCCGGCAGUACCUGCUCAGACCAGGAGACUACAGACGGUACCAUGACUGGGGUGCCAUGGAUACCAAAGUCGGUUCUCUGAGAUGGGUCAUCGAUGUGUACUAG